AGUUUCAAAGGAAUUAUUUGAGCCUAUGGGAGAGAGGGGGAUCAUUGUAAGAACCAAAACUGCUUUAAGCUGUCAGGUUGAACAAUGGGAGGGGAAGGUAAGGGGACAAGAAUGAGAAGCCAGAGAGAAAGACCAGACAGAUCAUUAAAGUCUUUGUGCUAAGAGUUGUCAGAGGGCUGCCUGAUUUAUAGUUUGGAAAAAUCACUCUGGGACUGCGAGUAUGUGGAGGCUGUGAAGGGAAAGGGCAGGGAGUUCUGUUAGGAAGCUGUUGCAGAAAUCCAGAGAAGAAAUGGUGGUAGACAGAAGUUGGCCCCCCUGGGGGAGGAGAGAAGGGGCUGGUUUGAGGGAUGUUUAGGACUUGGUGAGUGGAAGAGGCGCUGAGGGAAGUGCACUCCCAAUUGCUCCCGCCUAAGCUCGGUUGCCUGGGGGUCCCUUCACCCGCUCGAGGUGUAGGAGCACGUUUUAGAGGGAGGUGAAGACUGCGUCUGGCCGUGAGUGUGAGCUACCCGUGACCAGCCCGAGAGAUGUUCAACAGGGCGUUGGAUGGAGAGGGCUGGAGCUCAGAGUCAGUCCUGUCCUUAAGCGCCGCCCGGGCUCCAGUGAAUGGCUGCGUCACAAGGUCACACGAGCGAGCCCCUCGAAAGCCUGGGAGCGCCCCUUGAGGGCGCGUGCUCUGAGCCUGGGGAGCCGCGACGCUCGCUCCUCCACGCGUCCGGGAACGAGCCGCCUGCCGGGCCCCGGAACCUUCUGCAGCGCCUCGCGCGUUCGCCGCGGGAGUCAUCGGGGGAACCCGUUCUCUGUUGCUAAGGGGCGGCCCCGGAAGUGACGCGCCCGGGGUUUGUUGACAGCGGAGGCGGCGGCGGCUGCAGGCUCCGAGCUGUAGGAGCCGGAUCGGGGGAGGGGCCGGGCCCGGGAGCCAGCACCCGGUAGCCCACAGCCCCGCCGGCAGCCCUAAGGGCAAGGUAACGGCCGCGGGGUGCCUGUCGCGACCCCCUCCCGCCCGGAGCUCCAGUCCCCGGAUCCCAAGCUCCUCCCCGCCGACCCGGUCUCCCCCGGACCCCGGCACUAGCCUGACGAGAUCCCCAACCUACUGAGGCGCUCUGGCCCCAGAUUCUCCCGGGCUUCAUCCUCCGCUUCUCCUCGCCUACGAAGCAUCCUGUCCGCCUCCCAACGCUGAGGGCAGCCCCAUCCCAGGGCUCCAGCUCUGCCAAUGAUCUUGUGAGGAUUGGGGACUUGUUAUCGCCCCCUGGGGUCCUUAUCCUGGAGUGGCCCACCUGCCUGCCCCCAGCAUGGCAUCCGACACUCCUGAAUCCCUGAUGGCCCUCUGUACUGACUUCUGCUUGCGCAACCUGGAUGGCACCCUGGGCUACCUGCUGGACAAGGAGAGUUUGCGGCUACAUCCAGAUAUCUUCUUGCCCAGCGAGAUCUGUGACCAGCUCGUCAAUGAGUAUGUGGAGCUGGUCAACGCUGCCUGCAACUUUGAGCCACACGAGAGCUUCUUCAGCCUCUUCUCAGACCCUCGCAGCACCCGUCUCACCCGCAUCCACCUCCGUGAAGACCUGGUACAGGACCAGGACCUAGAAGCCAUUCGCAAGCAGGACCUGGUGGAGCUGUACCUGACCAACUGCGAGAAGCUGUCCGCCAAGAGCCUGCAGACGCUGAGGAGCUUUAGCCACACCCUGGUGUCCUUAAGCCUCUUCGGCUGUGCCAACAUUUUUUAUGAGGAGGAGAACCCGGGGGGCUGUGAAGACGAGUGCCUCGUCAACCCCACUUGCCAGGUGCUGGUUAAGGACUUCACCUUCGAGGGUUUUAGCCGCCUCCGCUUCCUCAACUUGGGCCGAAUGAUCGAUGGGGUCCCUGUGGAGUCCCUGCUGCGGCCGCUCAACUCUCUAGCUGCCUUGGACCUCUCAGGCAUUCAGACAAGCGACGCUGCCUUUCUGACUCAGUGGAAAGACAGCCUGGUAUCCCUUGUGCUCUACAACAUGGACUUGUCAGAUGACCACAUCCGUGUCAUUGUCCAGCUACACAAGCUGCGACACCUGGACAUCUCCCGAGACCGCCUUUCCAGCUACUACAAGUUCAAACUGACUCGGAAGGUGCUGAGCCUCUUUGUGCAGAAGCUGGGGAACCUGAUGUCCUUGGACAUCUCUGGCCACAUGAUCCUGGAGAACUGCAGCAUCUCCAAGAUGGAAGAGGAAGCGGGGCAGACCAGCAUCGAGCCUUCCAAGAGCAGCAUCAUGCCUUUCCGGGCUCUGAAGAGGCCACUGCAGUUCCUCGGGCUCUUUGAGACCUCCCUAUGCCGCCUCACCCACAUCCCAGCCUACAAAGUAAGUGGUGACAAAAAUGAGGAGCAGGUGCUGAAUGCCAUCGAGGCUUACACAGAACACCGACCUGAGAUCACUUCCCGAGCCAUCAACCUCCUUUUUGACAUUGCACGCAUUGAGCGCUGCAACCAGCUGCUGCGGGCCCUGAAGCUGGUCAUCACAGCCCUCAAGUGCCACAAGUAUGACAAAAACAUUCAAGUGACAGGCAGCGCUGCUCUCUUCUACCUGACCAAUUCUGAGUACCGCUCAGAGCAGAGCGUCAAGCUGCGCCGGCAGGUCAUCCAGGUGGUGCUGAAUGGCAUGGAAUCCUACCAGGAGGUGACGGUGCAGCGGAACUGCUGCCUGACCCUCUGCAACUUCAGCAUCCCCGAGGAGCUAGAGUUCCAGUACCGCCGGGUCAAUGAGCUCCUGCUCAGCAUCCUCAACCCCACACGGCAGGACGAGUCGAUCCAGCGCAUCGCUGUGCACCUGUGCAAUGCCCUGGUCUGCCAGGUGGACAAUGACCACAAGGAGGCAGUGGGCAAGAUGGGAUUUGUUGUGACCAUGCUAAAGCUGAUUCAGAAGAAGCUUCUGGACAAGAUAUGUGACCAGGUGAUGGAGUUCUCCUGGAGUGCCCUGUGGAACAUUACGGAUGAGACACCUGACAACUGCGAAAUGUUCCUCAACUUCAAUGGCAUGAAGCUCUUCCUGGACUGCCUGAAGGAAUUCCCAGAGAAACAGGAACUGCAUCGGAAUAUGCUGGGACUCUUGGGGAAUGUGGCGGAAGUAAAGGAGCUGCGGCCUCAGUUAAUGACUUCCCAAUUCAUCAGUGUCUUCAGCAACCUGCUAGAGAGCAAGGCCGAUGGGAUCGAGGUUUCCUACAAUGCCUGUGGCGUCCUCUCCCACAUCAUGUUUGAUGGGCCUGAGGCCUGGGGCGUCUGUGAACCCCAGCGGGAGGAGGUAGAGGAGCGCAUGUGGGCAGCCAUCCAGAGCUGGGACAUCAACUCACGGAGAAACAUCAAUUACAGGUCAUUUGAACCAAUUCUCCGCCUCCUUCCCCAGGGCAUCUCCCCCGUCAGCCAGCACUGGGCAACCUGGGCCCUGUACAACCUCGUAUCUGUCUACCCGGACAAGUACUGCCCCCUGCUGAUCAAAGAAGGUGGGAUGCCCCUUCUGAGGGACAUGAUCAAGAUGUCGACUGCACGGCAGGAGACCAAGGAAAUGGCCCGCAAGGUGAUUGAGCACUGCAGUAACUUUAAAGAGGAGAACAUGGAUACAUCCAGAUAGAGGCCUCUGCCCCCACUGCUCUGGAUCACAGGCCGGGAGGAAGCGUGCUCAAGCAGCCCAGCGGGUAGGCCCUUUCCAGGGAUCUCCCACAGGACGAAGAGACACAGGGGACUUUUGCACAACUGAUGCUUUUCCUUACAUUAGUGAGAUAUAUAUAUUAUAUAUAUAUAUUAUUUUUUUUGGUUAGGAAGUGUGAAGUUUUGUGUGUAUGAUUUCUGUACAAAAACAAAAGAAACUCCCUGAGUCCUUGCAGCUUCCUUGGCCAUUCUCAAACCCAACUCAAAGCCUUCAUCGCUGCCACACUCACUCCUACCCCAGCCAGACUAACGCCUGUAAUGUUGUGAGUGUCUGGUCCUUUUCCAGUAAAUUCAGGCCCUGGCCUGGCUUCCUGUUGUGAGAGGAGCAGGCCUCUAAUGGCCUAGCAUCCUACAUACUGCCCUAGCCCAAGGGUGCCAUUUCAGCCCCAGGUGUGGCUGAUGGAGUUUGGGGAUUAAAACUAACCCCACUGGGUCUCCCAAAUGCCUUGGUGCUCCCAGCUGUGGGCCAUCUGGGGCAAGAAAGUAAGCAGUUUAGGGUGGCGCCUGUGGCUCAGUGAGUAGGGCGCUGGCCCCAUAUGCCGAGGGUGGCGGGUUCAAACCCAGCCCCGGCCAAACUGCAACAAAAAAAUAGCCAGGUGUUGUGGCGGGCGCCUGUAGUCCCAGCUGCUCGGGAGGCUGAGGCAAGAGAAUUGCGUAAGCCCAAGAGUUAGAGGUUGCUGUGAGCCGUGUGACGCCACGGCACUCUACCCGAGGGCGGUACAGUGAGACUCUGUCUCUACAAAAAAAAAGAAAGUAAGCGGUUUCUAGGCCUAGGUCCAGGCAGCGCUGCCCCAGAGGACCCUCAAGGAGUGGGGUGCCCAUUGGCCUUGCUGCUCUCCGGCCAGGCCUGCCUGAGGCCACGCUGCUAGGGAGGCUGCCUCCUAGUCUCCCAUCAGGUCCCAGGCUGUGGAAGGCCUCUGCCCAGGGGUGGUCAGAAUGAAGUGGCAGAUUCUACUGCCUCUUCUGCUAGACACUUCUAGAACCUGCUCCCAACUCUGGACGCCAGCAUCUCCUGGGGCCAGGACCCUGCUGCCUAGCUCCACAGCCCUCAUCUACCCACAAGCACCUGAGGUGCCAGGCACUCCCACCAGCAGAACUGAGCCUGCCUCACCCACCCAGCCUGGCCCCCCACCCCGAAGACUCCACACCUCUCUCAGAUGCAGGAGCUCCCCUCCCCAGCCUUUCACUUACAGCAGCCACAGACAGCUGCCUCCAGACCAGCACUUGGACUGCUCUGCAGUGGCUGCUGGGCCCUCACUGGGCCCUCCAUAGCCCCUCGCACCCUGCCCCAGGCUUUACCUUGGAAACCUCUGUGCUGUGUUUCAGAGAAGUGUGAGAGGCAGCUGAAUCUCUACCUUGUGCUUCUUUCUCCAUGUAACUCUGAAUUGCUUCACACCCAACACACUUGCAAAACCCUGGAGGCAGCCUUUGGGCAAUGGUUUUGCUUCCUUCUUCCUUCCCUGGGCCUGUGUUUGGAUGGCCUAGCAUCUCUGCCUCCAGGGAGAAUAGGCAUGGGGAACACCCUCAGGGGAGAAGCACCUGGCCUUUUUCUCCUGGGGCCUCCCUCUCCUGGCCCCAGAAGGGGGCAGCAGCCCUGUGUUACCAGCGUGGCAGGUGGCUGCAUCUGCCCUGCCCUUCCAUCUCAUGCUCAGCGGCCCUAGCCAGACAUGGGCAGAGCUCAUCACAUUGCUUUACCACCUGGGGCCUGGGGAAAUGUCUGUACUUUGGGGAUGUCACAGAAAUACAUUUUUGUGCAAAGUGGA